CCAACGCCGUAACAUCGCAGGUCGUCCGCGCGUCUUCCGACCAUGAGAAGAGGAGCAGCGGGUGCCGUCACCGUCGGCCCUCACCACGGGACGUCAUUUCCGCCGACAUCGUCGUCUAUAUCAACGUCCCGGUUGUGCCUGAAAUAAAAUUCCCCGGCGUUUGGAAACUGUCAGUUUAUCGUUGUCAUCACGAGAAAUUGUCAUAAAAGGAAGACUAGCGGAUAAAAACCGGUGACACGCGCACCGGUGUGACCUCGCGGCCGCAAGGAAAAUAAAAAGAGAGAGAAGGAGAAAUAUAUAUAUAUAUAUCGAUAGUUUGAUAGAGAAAUUGAGAGAGAGAGAGAGAGAGAGAGAGGGGAGAGAGAGAGAGAAAAAAGAGAGGGUGAUAGUUAUACGACAUGCGGUCUUGAGAGUAGGCACGAACAGGUGGCGAGAUCACUCGCCGGAAGACUUAGCGGAAGCUGGCGGAAGAGAGGGUGGAUGAGAAGGUGGAAGGAGGCAAAUGACGCGUGCGACGAAAUACGCACGCAGGAGUAACAGAUGCCACGGCACGGCUUUCGAUAAAUCCACGUAAAAGCUGGCAUCUUCAAAACCGAUCGAUAUACAUCCUUGACACUUAACUUUAGUAACACAAGGUGUUAUUUUCUACACUAUUGGAACCUAAACAAGGUAAUCUGGACAAUCAAUCACCGCUGUGAAGAUCAAUGUGAGAGGGAAGCACCCUUCUGCUAAUGUACCUGUGAUCAUGCUCAGUCCCAAAAUGCAAAAAACUGUAAGAGUAAAUGACGCUCAACUAGUCAUGCUUUCGGAGAAAGCCCAUUACGAUCAUUCGCUAUCGGGAUAUUUGCACAAGCGGACAGCUGACUCCACUAAAUGGCAACAACGAUGGUUCGUUCUCUACCAGAAUUUAUUAUUCUAUUACGAGAGCGAGAACUGUUCACGACCCAGUGGCGUCAUUCUGCUGGAGGGCUGCUAUUGCGAUCGACUCAUCACCGCCAAAGGCAAAGAGCCGGAUAAACAGCACUGUUUCGCGAUAUCGUACAGGAGGGAGAACCAACGGCAAUACGAACUAAAAGCGGCCACAGAGACGGACUGCAAAACAUGGAUCGAUGCGAUACGAGAAGCUAGCUUCAACAAAUUGUUGCUGCAAAAGGAGGAGCUCGAACAGAAGCACCUGCACCUGUUGCAAAUCGUCGAGAGCGAGAAAACGGCUAAGUGGCAGUACACUCAGCAAUGUGAAGAAUUGGCGUCGGAAAUAAAAAAACUUCGAGCGGAGUUAUGCGCCCUGAAAAAGGAACUAAGGCCCUCCAUAACGCCGGUAUUUCGUAGUCGACCGGGAGUUCAAAGAACUAUGUCCCAAGGUACUGGAAGUUUAUACUGCGGAACCCAAUGUUUUGGCGGUGCUCACGAUGCGUACGCAGAUGCGCCCGGUUUACACGGUAUCGCGGAGGGCUCUAUUGAAAUGCAGAAAAUCAAGAAAGUCCAAAGCUUUUUCAGGGGCUGGCUGUGCCGUCGACGUUGGAAACAGAUCGUUGAGCAAUAUAUCAAGAGUCCACAUGCCGAAAGCAUGCGCAAGCGGAACAGUCUGGUAUUUCAAAUGGUGGAGGCCGAGGAGGAGUACACGGAGCAGAUGGAGGUUUUAGUAAGCUGUUUUCUGAGGCCUUUCAAGAUGGCUGCCAGUUCAAAGAAACCCCCAUGUAGUCACGAGGACGUGAAUAGCAUAUUUUUGAAUAGCGAGACCGUGCUGUUUCUUCACCAAAUCUUCCUGAAGGGUCUUACUUCUCGUAUGGAGAGCUGGCCCACUUUAGUUUUAGGUGACUUGUUCGACAUGCUGCUACCGAUGUUAUCGAUAUAUCAAGAGUACGUGCGUAAUCACCACUAUAGCCUUCAAGUGUUGACUGAGUGCAAGCAAUCGUCACCCCCGUUCGUAGCAUUGCUCAAUAGGUUGGAGAACAAGACUGCCUGCCACGGACGAUCCCUGGAGAUCUUUCUAACGUAUCCCAUGCAUCAGAUUCCAAGGUACAUUAUUACUUUGCACGAGUUAUUGGCGCACACGCCAUACGAUCACGUGGAACGUAAGAGCCUCCAGAAUGCCAGGCAACAGCUGGAGGAUCUCUCGAGACAAAUGCAUGACGAGGUAAGCGAAACUGAGAACUUAAGGAAGAAUCUAGCUGUUGAGCGGAUGAUCGUUGAAGGAUGCGAUAUUUUGCUGGACGUCAAUCAAGUGUUCGUACGACAGGGUACGCUCGUACAACUCAUAGAUAAACCGCGCGGUGCGCGAAGCAGAUUAAGCGCUACUUUUGGUGGCAAAUCCGCUAGCGACAAGGAGGUUGCCAGACAGUGCUUUCUCUUUUCAAAUCAUCUGCUGCUUACGACGCGUCAGUCCGAUGACGACGGCCGCUUAAAUCUGGUUCCGCAGAUUGGCAAGAUACCUCUUUCCGACGCGGUGCUGAUUGAAGAUCCGAGUGAGCAGGGUGCCGUGGAUGACGAUGGAUUGUCAGUAUGUUCAAUGUCAAGCGGCAUUAGCGAGAGUAGCGGAAGCGGCAGCGGUAGCGCGACUUCGCAAUUGCAGAAUCGCGACUUCAAGAUCUUACUCGAUGUAAAAUCCGGUGGACCGCAGGUGACCGUUCAUCUCGUGGCACCUACUAUACAGGAAAAAGCAGCGUGGGUCAGCGAUAUUAGCCAGUGCAUGGACAACGUUCGCUUUAACGAUCUGCUCCACGGAUCGUUGUCGGACACCAGUUCCGUCACGAUGCCGCAGUCCAUUCGAAACGAUCCGAAGCUGUUCAAGGACGACGUGGACAUCAGGUUCAGUCGUACUUUGAACUCUUGCAAGAUACCGCAGAUCCGUUCCGCGACGCCGGAACGUCUAUUGCAACGAUUGACCGACCUCAGGUUUCUCAGUAUCGAUUUUCUCAACACAUUUCUGCUGACGUAUCGAGUGUUCACGGAUGGUGUCACAGUAUUGGAAGCCCUUAAGAAAGUUUUUUACGAAGCUGAGCCGCCUGACGCGCAAAUGCCCACUGGAUCCCUCAUGUCCUUAGAUGUGUUAGGAGCAAAUUCGAGCGAAACACAAUUACAUUCAGAAGAACGAAGAAGAAGUAGCUUUUCACCGAGACGAACUAGCGGCGCGAGUUCUGUAUCAGGAUAUGGAUCGGAAGUUAGCGAUAGCCGUGAUGCGAGGUCCCAUAGCUCCCUUGACGCUAAUACAGGUGGACAUAACUCAAAGGGUCACUGGCGAUCUGGUUACAAAAAGUUGGAAGAGGAACAACCGCUCGGGCUGAUUUCCGAGAUGCCGAUUAUAAAACGUAGUCCAACGUCUCAAGCAUCCAGUCCAUCUAGCGCGCAAUCUCCGGUCACGCCGCGAAAAGUCAGCAUUCGCGUAGAUAACAAGGAUGCUGAGAAUAACGGAUGUCACCUGACGAUACCGAAAGUAAUAGCAGUGUCGUCGAGCUCCGAGACACUCACAGAUGUUACAGUGAUUAGUGCGCCGUCCUCACCCAGUAACUUGAGCUCUGUAACGCUGGUUGGCUCGAUUGAAUCCGGAUCCGGAUCGGAUCCAAGUCCCCAAGAGGGUGGUUCUUACUCACGUCGUGUCUCAGAAAUUGAUACACCUGUCGCAAUGGAGGAGGAUACAAGAGAAGUACAAUUUACUUAUGACGACAUACAACAAACAUCAGCCGAAUCACACUCAGCCGGAUCUGCCAAACCGGAUACGCCAAGCAAAACGCCUACUUCUCCGCCAAGCACGGAAACUAAAAUGAGCAAAGAGGAGCAAUCUACGCCGAGCGACGACGAAAGUGUAUGCUCUUUUAAACAAUCGACGCAGAAUCAGCAACAGCAAUAUCCGGAGCACAGGGCAUCGGUCGCUUCUGCUCCACCGUGCACCGCAAGGAGCGGCUCCAUCUCCACCAUAACUGGAAAUUAUUGGGCAAGUAGGCGAUCUAUGCAUGAGGAGGUCUCUUCGCAACAUAGCAAUUUUCAGCACGAUGCUCAGCAAGUGUCCAGCAAAGCCGGUGUGGUAAUAACCAGCUUCCGUCAGAGUCAUCGAAGCAUUGGACCUGAACCUAUCUGGAGUAGCACGUCUACGGCGGCGACCGCAUUCGCCAUCGCGACCUCUGCUUCGAGCAAUCCACCGGACAAAGGGCCCAUGACCGAUGCGAAUAAUCGUAACCGUGACAAAAACAGAAGGAAGGAGUCGGUGAUGUCGACCGCCGCGACGAUGAGAGUACUGAACGUCCUGAGACAUUGGGUAUCCAAGCAUGCCCAGGAUUUUGAGAUGGAUCAGAAAUUAAAAACUCUGACCAUCGAGUUUUUGGAGGACAUCAAUUAUAGCCCGAAUCUGCUACCGGCUGAACACAAGGCGGCCAGUCAAUUGCUGAGACUACUCACCAAGGAAGAAGCCGACACCAAUAAGGUCGAUCUGAAGAAAUUAUUAACUCCGCCAUCAAUUCAGAGUAAGGAGAGCAUCGAGACGCUGUCUGCGCUCGAGAUCGCCGAACAGAUGACAUAUCUGGAUUAUCAGAUAUUCGUCUCUAUCACUAGCGAGGAAUUUCUUGGACAAGCGUGGAUGAAGACGGAUAAGGCAACUCGGGCGCCCCAUAUCCUUCUUAUGACGAAACGAUUCAACGAGGUGUCGCAAUUAGUCGUUUCCGAAAUUAUUCGUCGUUCCAAUAUGUCGGCCAGAGUUGCGGCUAUCGAGAAAUGGACUGCGGUCGCCGAUAUCAAUAGGGUUUUGCAUAACUACAAUGGCGUGCUGCAGAUUUGUGCAGCGUUCACGAACAGCAGUGUGUACAGGCUGAAGAAAACCUGGGAGAAAGUUCCCAAAACGACAAAGCAGACAAUUGACAGGCUACAACAUAUCGUCUCAUCCGAUGGCCGUUUCAGAAAUUUGCGAGACGCUUUACAUCGAUGUGAUCCACCCUGUAUCCCUUACUUAGGAAUUUACCUCACCGAUCUCUCAUUUAUCGAGGAGGGUACUCCAAAUAUUACCGAUGACGGUCUUUUGAAUUUUUCGAAAAUGCGAAUGAUCUCUCAUGUAAUUCGCGAGAUACGACAUUUCCAGCAAACCCCCUACAAAAUCGAAUUAAUCACUAAGGUAACGAAUUAUCUGUUGGACACAUCGCUGCUACUGAACGAAAAAGAUCUGUAUCGCAUGUCCUUGGAGAUCGAACCCAGAACGUCCAAGUUAAGUAAUUCUAGUUUAAUCGGUCUGCCUCCUUCAGUCAGUCAUACGUCUACGAAGUGAAUUUUGUCUCUCGUAAUGCAAUUCAAUUACAUCUUUAUUUUCUAAUGAACGAUAAAGAAAUCCUGAAAUUUUGAAGGAAUUAACUCUCUGUUGCAAGCGAUCGAUCUUCAGAACGAUCGCAAAUGCGACCUGUCGCGUUUUUCCCCGUCCAUUAUUUCUGUCCAUUUCCGCUUAUAACGUAAACGUUCGACGUCCAUUUCUGUUGUCAUUUGCGUUCUACGUUCUACAAGAUAUUUGCGUAAGCAUUAGAUAAGUAAGCUUAACAAUGAUCUCAUCGUCGCACAGAAUCGGCCUCUUUAUUCGCCGCAGGAAACUUAUCAGAAUUGUUAGCAUAACAAAACUGAUAAGGUUUCGACGAAAUAUUCUACGUUACUAGAAUUGUUCCUCUCUUCCAUCUUUUAAUUAUUCUAGUGCUGUUUUUAAGUUUUUAAGAGAGAAAGAGUCCUAUCUCUCUGUCGUAAUCCAAAAUUGCGAGAGAAUAUUGAGAAAGGAAAAUUGUAGAUUUUAGUAAGAACAUUUAAUAGUAAUAAAAUGUAAUAAUAGUAUCAAGCAUAGAAAUUCCAGAAGAUCGAAUAUGGCAUUGUGGCUGUAAAAAUCUACUGAUGAUAACAGUACAAGAUUGGUAACGAACAAUGAAAGAGACUUUCUUAUAAUAACAUGAUUAUAAUUAUAUAUAUACAAUAAUGUUCUCUCCUUCUUUCUCUCUCUCUCUCUCUCUCUCUCUCUCUUUCUCUCUCUCCGUGUUGUCGAUUCCGAGUUGUGAAUAAGUAAUUCAAAACGCUCAGAAAUGUGAUCAAUCCGCUAAAUAACGCAUAUUUCGAAAAAUAUCCCCCAUUUUUUACAAUAUAUAGAAGCUGUGUCGUUGACACUGUUGAUAAAAUUAUCUCGGCAAAAGUAACAAGAAUCUAUCAUUUUAAUUUAAUCCAGUUUAAUCGAGCCAGUAUUAAUUACGCGAGGCGUACAUAAGCAGUUCAAGUGAGUAUCUUUAAGAAAACAGACGAGAAGCGUGAGAAGUGAAUGGGAUUGUAUUCUGACAAUCAAUAGCAUAAAGAUAUCACUGUGUUUUCCGUUUCUAAUUCUAAUUGUCGCUACGAGUAUCAAAACGAAAACAAAACAAAACAAAACAAAAACAAAAAAAAAAAAAAUCUCACAAAUCAAGCAUCUCUGAAAUCAUUCUUACGAUCAUCUCAAUUAUUAUUUUCGAAAAACAAAUCUAUUAUAUUAUAUAAUCUUAUUUUUAUUAAUCAAAAUUCGCACGAUCAACAUCUCAUAAUAUUAA